UUUUAAAUUGUUGACUAGAUCAGUGGGCGUGCUGUGAACUUGAAGCGGGGUCUUCGCGUUACUUGAGAGAAGUUGAAGUAGAUGUUCAGACGACGAUGUCUUGAUAUUAUGAAUGUGACUUGUUCCGCGUGCUGCUGUGAGGAUGAUCAGUGGAAGGCGCCAUUUUCAGUAGGGCUUUGAUAAACACAAUGGACAAGACUUGCCACACUGUCUUGGAGCCAAAACAAGUGGGAUUUAAAUGUGAAGAGGACCUGACAGGAGACUGGAAAAAUGACAGAGAUGAGGGCUUCCUUUGCUUGGCUACCAUGGAGAACAAAACUGUACACAUUAAGCUUGAGGACUGUGAAUCAGAAUUUUACAACCAGAAACAGACGAGCCUUCACAUUAAGAAGGAGUAUUGUGAACAGGAGGCUGUGGUCAACAAAUCUGUUUUCCUUGACAUUCAGAAAAAUGGACUUGUAAGUGAAGUUAAGAAGGAAGCACUUAAACCAGAGCGUGAUUCCCAUCCGGAUGAACUGGUAACGGAAUUAGACUGCAAUCAUAACGGACACUGUGAACAGCAGGAAAAUUCUGGCCAGAUGAAGUUGGAGCCUUUGGAGUCUGAGAUGAAGAGGAAUGAGAAAACAACUCCAUCUGAGAAAGUGGAAGGUGCAAUUUUCAGUAGUGCUUUAAUGGACACAAUGGAGAAGACUUGCCACACUGUCUUGGAGCCAAAGCAGGUGGGAUUUAAAUGUGAAGAGGACCUGACAGAAAACUGGAAAAAUGACAGAGAUGAGGGCUCCCUUUGCUUGACUACCACAGAGAACAAAACUGUACACAUUAAGCUUGAGGACUGUGAAUCAGAAUUUUACAACCAGAAACAGACGAGCCUUCACAUUAAGAAGGAAGAUUGUGAACAGGAGGCUGUGGUCAAUAAAUCUCUUAGCCUUGACAUUCAGAAAAAUAGAAUUGUAAGUGAAGUUAAGAAGGAAGCACUUAAACCAGAGCGUGAUUCCCAUCCGGAUGAACUGGUAACGGAAUUGGACUGCAAUUUUAACGGACACCGUGAACAGCAGGAAAAUUCUGGCCGGAUGAAGUUGGAGCCUUUGGAGUCUGAGAUGAAGAGGAAUGGGAAAACAACUCUUUCUGAGAAAGUGGAGGAUGACAUUUUCCAUAGUGCUUUGAUGGACACAAUGAAGAAGACUUACACUACUGUCCUGGGACGAAAAGAGGUGGGAUAUAAAUGUGAAGAGGGACUGACAGAAGACAUGAAAAAUGACAGGGAAGAGGGCUCCCUUUGCUUGGCUACCAUGGAGAACAACAAUGUACACAUUAAGGUGGAGGACUGCGAACAGGAAGCCAAAGUUGACAAAGCUCUUUGUUUUGACAUUCAGGAAAAUAGACUUGUAAAUGAUGUUAAGAAGGAAAUUCUUAAUCCAGAGUGUGAUUCCCAUCCAAAUGAACUGGUAACGGAAUUAGACUGCAAUUAUAACAGACACUGUGUUCACCAGGAAAAUUCUGGCCAGGUGAAGGUGGAGCCUUUGGGGUCUGACAUGAAGAGGAAUGAGAAAACUCCAUCUGAGAAAGCCUUCGGACUCAUUCAAGAGUUCACACUGGAGAAAAACCAUAUGCCUGUACAGAAUGUGGCAAUCGAUUCACUGACAGUAGCAGUCUUUGGAAACACCUUAAACUUCACAGUGGAGUGA